AUUUUGUAAUCUUCUACACCUUCCACCCCCGUAACGUUGUGGCAAUCGCAACAUCAUCGUCUCGGCUGUGACGAUGUUUCUCUUUCAGUCCUGUUUAUCGCAUCCCGUAUAUCCAACGUGUGGGGGACACUCCAUGCUUCUUCCUUUUAGCAACAACAAAACGUUGGCUUUGACAAGUUCAGGUGAACAGACAUCUGACUGUUCAAAAAAAGUAACUAGUAGCAACUUUUCUUGAAAAUCGACAAAAUUUGGGCAUCAUGGUGUUAUCAAGUACCUGCAGUAAAAGGCUUUAUCCCCCAAAGACAUUCAUGUUGACAUGGUUGCCACAUUAGAGGAUGACGAACCAGCUUUAUCAACAUUGCAAAAGUCGACAGCUGAAUUUAGGAGGGGAAGGGAGAGUCUUGAAGUUGACCCAAGAUCUGCACAUCCUGCAACUGUCAACACCAAGGAAAACAUCAAUUGCAUUCACCACAUGGUGAUGGAUGACAGUUGAUUAACUAUAAACCAAAUAAGCCAAUGCUAUUAGCAUAUCUCAUGAGAGAGUUAAGAAUAUUCUGUAUAAUGAACUUGGCAUGACAAAGGUUUCUUCUCAGUGGGUGCCACUAUUCUGACACCUGAUCAAAAACGCAACAAGCUGAUCAUAUCACAGGAAAAUCUGACAUUGUUUGAAGUAGAACUAGCUGGUUUCCUUAAACAUUCUCUAAGCCAGGAUGAACAUUUUCUAAGCCAGAGAGAAAGAGACAAUCCAUGUAGUGGAAACACUUCUCAACUGCUCCAAAGAAGGCCAUGGACGUUUCAUCCACAGGGAAGGUGAUGCCUUAGUUUUUUGGGAUGCCAAAAGCAUUAUGCUUAUUGACUAUUUUCAAAAGGGCCACACCAUCAAUGGAGAGUACUGUGCCAACUUGCUGAGGCAAAUUACGAAAGGCUGUGAGUAACAAACGUCCAGGAAAACUGAUGAAAGGGUCUUGUAUCAUGAGGACAAUGCUCCAGCAUACAAGUCCUUGGUUUCAACGGCUGCUGUGCAUGGCUGUGGCUUUGAACUGGUUCAUCAAUUUCCCUAUUCUUUUGAUUCGGCCCCAUCUGUCUAUCGUCUAUUCCCCAACGUACAAAAAUGCUUGGCUGGGAACUAGUAUAUGGUAAUUACUUCUUUGAUCAACAGGAUGAAAGCUUGUUCACCAAUGGGAUCAGCACUGUAACACCAAUGGAAGAAGUGUAUGGGCAGCAAGGGCAACUUUGUGGAGCAGUAUUCUUCUGAGGCUCUGCCAAUGUCCACGUUAUACUCAAAGAAUAUAUUUAACAGCUUCAAAGCUAUAACAGAAACUUCAUCCAAUAGUGAUUGUGAUACUGCUUCACUGUCUUCUAGUAGACAUUGAAAAAUGGGAACUUUUGGUGGACAUGCCCUACCAGGAACAUUCUUCCUACUCUUUGCCUUUUGGUACACAGUACAAAUUUUCAAUCGGUAUUUCCAGUGCCGCAAAAGAAACGCUCGCUUUACAUCCACAGUGACUUUUCCAUGCACAUGUUUGUGUGGUCGACUGAAAAAAUGGCCUCUAGAAUCUAUAAUGAAAAUUGUCCUAGUUGUAAUUGGUUUUAGCGGAGAAAUAAUUACAGGCUUGCGACCUGGACCAUAUGUUAUCUUGGGAAAUGGCCAACAUGCCACGAUGUUUUUUGCCUUUGGUUUGUCUGGUGUAGUAGAACUGUUGUUGUUUUUUAAAGCACCUCUGCCAACAGAUGUUGACUACAUUGCUAAUAUACUGGCUUUUACAAUUGAGCUUGUGUUGUUUAGAUUUCAUCUUCAUGGAAGAUCAGAACUCGAUGUAUUACUGCACGUGCUUCUUACCUAUGUCAUCAUCGCCAGUUUAAUCUCAGCCUUUAUUGAAAUGAAAUUUCGACAUAACGUUUUGGCACCUCUUGCAAGAACUUAUUUUGUAAUGUUACAGGGAUCUUGGUUCUGGCAAGUUGGCUUCAUACUGUAUAGGCCUUUCCCAGGUAAAUCUCCAUGGAAGGGUGAUGACCACAGCCAAAUGAUGCUGAUCACUAUAUACUUUGCUUGGCACAGUAUCGCCUGCUUUAUCAUUAUCCUGCUGCUUGGAGGUAUUGUUAGCUGCUAUCAAAAAGGUCGUGGUGUUUCUUAUGUUGAUGAUGAUAUGAUUAUGAAACGUUUAAUUCACACAGGAACCAAUGGCCAAACACUUGUGAGUCUCAAUGAUGACAGCGAGAGUGAUAUAGAAUACCAAAAGCCUUCAACCGUCAAAUAAUACUGAAUAGUUUCAUUCUAUAUCUCCAUUGGUGAUAGUCCAGUUUUAUGUUCAUGUUUUACAGAUCUAUCACAUACAAUUCCUUAAAAUAUUAAGGGCAAAUGAUAGUCUUUAGCAAAUUUUGUGCUUCAUAGACUACAGAAUAAUCUGCUGUUUGGUUGAUACAUGUGGGAUUAUUUUUCCAAUUAUCAUGAUACUCUGGGAAAAUGAAAUCUUUCAAAACCAUUAUUUUGUUCAUUUCUGUUACCUCAUAAUAUUUGCUCAAUUAACUCAAUUACUAGCUUAUUUCACAUGUGCUCAAGACAUCAGUUUUCAUCCUCUCCUUAAAUUGUCUUAAAAUUCUUUCUUUGAUAAAAGAAAUAAAAUGUUAAUAAUAUUCAGCCCUUCUUUCCCCUCCCCUACUAAAUGCAGCUGUCACAAUAGAUCCUCUUUUUGCCAUUGUGACUUAAGUUUAAAACAAUGUUCUAGCAAGUUAACAUUUUCCUCUGGUUCUGCAUUUUACCUUUUAUUUUUACAUAUAUAUAUAUAUAUAUAGGUAUGGCCAAAAGUCACCCAACAGUAAAUCAAAAUUCCAUAAAUACUAUCUAUAAUUCUGUAUUGACUCAAAUGGAAAAAUGUGUCACUAAAGAAGGACUUUAGCUUGAACAAUUUUCAUGAUGUUUCAUAUUUAGAUGCUUUUAUUAAAUUCAUUCAGUUGUUAACCAUAAAUAAAUCUUGGAAUUAAAUGGCUUUGAUUUACUGUCAGAUGACUUCUGGCCAGCCUUGUAUAUAUAUAUAUAUAUUAGCUAAAAGUUAAAAUGUAUUUCAUGCCUAUUGGUCUUUUAGGUCAAAUAGAACACUUUGAUGCUGCUCUUGUUCCUAAAAAAAAGGAAUGUUUUUUUUUCUCUUUUUUUUUGUUUUUUUUUUCCAUCAGAACUCCUCUUUUUACCUUGUUAUAGAAAAGUACUUGGAAUAUAGAAUUGGUUGCCUUCAAUGCUGCUAAAAAGAAAAAAGUCUGAUUUUUUACAAAUACAAGCAUUCAUACCAAUUUGUAGAAACUUUUUGUAUUACUGGAAAUAUUUAUUAGUCUUUUUUUUUAAGUUGAAGCAACUCUUGUGUGUUUCUAACAAGAAUCUGUAAUGUUGUUGACCUCAUGCUAUAUCGCAUUGAUUAGAAACGUCCUUAUCAAGACAAAAAAUAUAAAAAAGAAACAGAAUUUUGAUUCUUUUUCAUCAACCAUUUUAAUCCAUCAUUGUAUGGCAGCUGAUAUUUCACUCAUAUUUUUAACAUAUCUGAAAAUCUUUUCUGUUUAUUCUCAUAACUGUAUCCAUAUUACCAUUUGUGGUUUGAUUGAUACAUAUUCAUGGCUGCCCUACUCACUCUCUUCAUUUCAUCAAUAUCCGCCCAAUGUGCCCAAGAAUUAACUAUUUACAAGUGACUAAUUUAUUACAAGAUUAUUUUUAGAACAGUCUGUUUGGUUAAUUUCUCAAUAAGAUUCCAAUAAAUGUUUUUUGUUUUGUUCUCAGAAUAGCAAAACCAUGAAUAAACAAUAUAACCUUCAGCAAUAGAAUUGGAAAGUUUGGAACACCAUUAGGGUAAAAUAAAAAAAUCACAAAAAAAAAUCACUGAAUAAAAAAAAAUGUUUGAUAAAUGAAAGCACAAUGAUGAAAAAAUAUAUUGGGAAAUGAUCAAUAAUCAUAUAGAGCGAAAUUUAAAAUUAAAUUAAAGUGAAAUGAACAAAACUUAAGAGGUGAAAUAUCAUGACAUGAACCCAUUAAUAUUGACAUUGUCAUUCAACAAUCUGGUCCAGAAAGCUUUAUGGAUCUAUACUAUUGAUUUUGUUCCAAAACAGUUCCAUCUGUCAUAGUUCCAAACACAGUAAACUUCAUAUAGAAACAGCUAAUAACUAGCAGGAAUAUAUCUGGCCAAUGUAUAUAUAUAUAUUUGUUAUAUAAAUGAACAGUCUUUUGGCAAGACUUAACAAAGCUGAACAAAUCCUUUAUAACUAACUGUUGAGGCCUGCCAUUAUUGUUUAAUCAAUAAACUAUCAGACUCUGAAUUAUAAGCAAGCUACCAUAGUCACAGUUUGAAAAUGAGAUUCUAUUUUGUUAAUUUCCUCACUGUAAUUGAUAUACCCUUCAAAUCACAUAAGUCGUCUGUGUGUCUGGUGUAAAGUUAAUAUCUCAUUUGUCAUUUGUGAAGGUUGGUUUCAAAGAAAAUAAUGAGUGUGGCUGUAGACUUGACUUAUGGGGUUUUAUUCAUAGAAAAGAAGUCUGUGUUCUCUCGAGUCAUUUUUAUCUGGCAAUACUCAUGAAGAUUAUGCUAUGAUCAAGAGGUCUAAUAAGACUAAAACCUGUCUGGAAUUGUCUCCUUAUUGCCAGUAUCAAACUUACUCUGCAUUGCCCACAUUUUAUUGUUAAUUUUGAUUAAAAUUUCAGGGUUGUCUCCCUUGUCUUUCUUGACCAGAAUUGAUCAUUAAGAUAUUGAUUGUUUGCACUAAUCUUACCGUUCUGGAUUUUUUGUUAGCUUUUUGACUCCUUGCUUUAAAUAUGUUAGCAAAAAGCCAUCAUGUUAAGUUAGUGUUAACAUUUUUUUUAAAGCAUGGAGCUUCAAAAUGUUAACUAGGAAAAAAUAUAUAGGCAGCAAGUACAGAAGACAAUUCCAGUCAUCUUUUGGUCUUAUUAGAAGCUCUUCAGCAAAAUAUAGACUUCACAAACAUAGUCAUUGACUAAUAUUUUUUUACACACUAUAUUUUCUAGUUAGAUUUAAAAUAUUCACUACAUUAAAUAUGUCAACACUAACAUAAUUGUUUUGUCAAGCAGAAGGUAACAAAGGCAAAUUUAUUUUAUGUUUUUUUUUAGCUUGUCAUUGGAAUUUUGGUAUAACAAUUAAAUUCUUCAGGGGAAGCAUAAGGUAAUUUACCUGAAAAGAGUAGGAGUUAUUGUUGUUCAACUUCAAAUCAACCUUCAUCAAGUAGCACACCUUUGACCAAAAGUAUUCCACUUGUGACCCCACCCCUACUCAUGUAGUAGCUCAACCUACUCAAAAUUGUUAACAAAUUUCCAUAUUUUUGUAAAGAGAAGCGAAGAACUAAAUUUGAUUUUAGUAUUAUGAGACUGUUGGUAAUGAGUUUCAUCGAUCAAUAUUAAAACAGAAAAACCAGAAACCUGUGAAAGAAUUUCUGUUGUUAGUCAUCAUAUUAAACCUGCGUCUUCAAAGACGUAAACAUACAAACAAGGUUCUUGCCCAAGGUACCACACCAAUUAUCUCCUUAUAGUCUUAUGUAUGAGUACAACUAUGAUUGUAGUAAAUGUGAGAAAAGGAUGCUAAUAAAAACUAAACUAUAAUCACUGAUGCCAAAAUUCAUAUCAAAUGGAUUAAAACUAUAUCAUUUCAGAAGUAAAUCAAAUGGGACAUUUUUUCCUAGAUUCAUUUCUCAAAAGGAUGAAAGAUUAUUUUGUUAUAGAUAUACAAUUACAAAUGUAAAUUCGGAUGAACAAUAUUUUCAUCUAACUUUUAAAGUUGAACUCAUUUAAUCCUUUUGUUACUAUAUUUCUUUUAGAAUACAUUCCCUUUGUUUCAAUUAAUGAAGAAUUGGGUAAUAUAAUUUAUCAUUAUUAAAUGGAUUUUUGGAACAUAAUGUAAAAUUUUGAUGGGAAGUUUUUAUUUAGCUCACAAUAAAACAGUUUGCAUCAAGGAAUGUGGGACAAUCUCAGUGGGUUGGUAAUGAAGUCAUUUAAACUAUUUUAAUAUUGAUUGCAGCUUUAUUGAAUGUAAUUUAGUAAAAUUUAGAGUUUGGAUAAGUUUGUAUGUCAUAUCUUUCUUGACUGACCCUUCAUCUGACAGAAAAUAGUUUUUCAACUGAAAAAUCUUUCUCUCAGAUGAAGAGGCAGUCACUCAAUGUUAGACUCCUCUUCUCCCCAUGACAUAUCAAGUUAGCCAAACUCAUGAACUUCACUAUGCAAACCCCUUCCCCCUGCCAAUUUCCAUGAACUGUGUGUUUGAUAUAAACAAUUUGUUAUGUGUUGAAUGUACAAUGACCCUUAGGACAUUCUCAGAUCAAAGUUAGUAAAAUAGUUUUUCAAGGUGGAUUGGUAAUUAUUUUGGCUCAAUGGCUAACAGCUUAGAGUUAGUUUAUAGUCCUAUACUUUGAUAUAACUAUUUAUAUUCCAUAGUUUUAAACUGAGAUCAACAUGAAACCUAUAAUCUAACAAUUGUUGCUUAGUUCUAGGCUAGUACUAAAGGUUUCACAGAUUAAAUCAAGCAUUUUAUGUUCUACCAUAGUAUCUUCUUACUGGACAUAAAUUAAUGUUGAAUGCAAUAAAAUAAAUCAUAAAUAUUCUCCAUGAGAGCUACAGGAGUUCAUAAUAUCAAUGCUUAGCUUUGUAUUCGAUUACAAUAUGUAAUGGGAUUCUCUCUACUGAGUAUGAUGCUAAUCAAUUUCAGCUAAGAUUUUCCCAGAGACCAUAAAUCAUCAAAUCUAAUUCACUACUGCACUUCCUAAAUACAUUACUCCUCAAUACUACUACUACUACUACUAAUUAUAGCAACAAUAAUGAUUAUAAUAAUGAUGGUUUCUUUAUUAAGUACAAUGCUAGUAAUUUUGAAGGGAGGAAGUUAAUACCAUUGGUCCUAGUGCUAAUUGUUGACAGUGACUUCAAAGGUUACUGAAAACGACUUAUUCAAACUGUCAUCAAUCAUUGUAAUAUUUCAAUAUGCAUUUAUAGAUCCUUUCAUUCUUUACUCACUAAAAUCAAUCUAGACACAUACAUUCACCAUUUUCUAUUUAGCCAUUGCAACUGCCCACACUAACCCUUUAGGCUAAUCUAUGAGAGAUCACUCCUGAUUCUAUGGUACAGGCUUCCUGUUUAAAGUGAUUCGAAUUAAAAACCUUCCUUCAAAAUUUAAUGUUAAUUUAUGUUCCAAAUACCAGCUUAUUAAUGACAAAGUAGUUUUAAUACAUUCAUUAUUUUCAAAAUUAGUUGAAACUAAGGCAGUGUACUUAAACAGAAACAUAACAAAAUAUGGUUAAAUAAUUAUAUGCAUAAUUUCUUCAAAAAGCAUGAGAAGUUGAAAUGUUCAUGAUUUUCUCACUGAAUAAAUUCAACAUAUAUUUUUAAUCAUUGCAUUUCUCUCCUUUUUAGUUAGUAAUCAGCAAAAGUUUAGCAAAACUGUUUCUACAGAGUGUUGCAUAAAGAUGGGACUUAUGGCCAUGAUUAUAUUUUUUAUUUUCCUUGAGCCCUAGGACUCAAAAAGCUUGUCACCUGGUUUCUAUGGUAUAUAGAUGACCAAGAUCACAACAUUCCCCACUAAAUGAGAUACCAGUCCAUUGCAGGAUCAAGGACAGCAAUUUUUUGAUUGGAGGGAACAAAUCAAUUACAUCAACUUCAAGUAUCUGACUGUUACUGUAUUUUAUUGAUCCCCAAGGGAUGAAAGGCAAAGUAGACCUGAGCAGGAUUUGAGUUUUAUCUGACAUGCUAACGAUUCUGCCAGCUCAUCACCAUGAUUAUAUAUUAUAACACUUUCUUUAAUAAAUGUGUUUGUUCGAGUCCUGGUUCCUUGUAUAUUUAAAAUUAUGUCCCAUCAAUACAAGACACCCUUUAUAAUUUGGUUUUCUGUGUUAAUCAUGUUAUUGUGCCAGCCAAUUCCUGCUAGUGUUUUUUUUGUUUUUUUAAAAUCUUUCCGAAACCUGAAGAGCAUUUUGAACUGUUGAUUUCUCUGGUCUGGAAUAAAUCAUUUUAUGAAACCAAAACAGAAUCUUGAACUAUUUGCAAGAGACUUGUUUCUCCUAUGUAAUCUCAUUAUUUGCCUUGAUUAUUUAUUUUUUAAAACAAUAAAUGUUUGUUUUUUUCCAA